AAUGGUUCAUUCAAUCAAAAUAAGUCGAGCCAAAAUCAUUAAUUUGCAGUGAUCGAUAAUUAAAACCAAUUAAAAUGUUCAAAUCAGAAAAUUGUAUUGUGGUGGUGAUUGCUCUGUUGUAUCUUGUUAAUAUAUCGUGGUGUCAGGAUACUACAAAUAAUGAGGAUACCAAUGUUACAGAAAGUCGAACAUUCGGACAUCAUUUCUUAAAACGUAUUAGUUUUGCGCUCAUACCGGCUUCGUUUAUCGUCGGAGUUAUCACUACAUUAUUAGCUGCACUAACUGUGGUAUCGAUUAAAGGUCUUGGAGUCGGAAUUAUUCUUUUAGUAAUUGCUUUUGGCCAAAUUCUUUCGCGAACUUUGCCGGCCGCACUGCCUCUAUCAUCGUCGACACAAUAUCAGGCUCCAUAUCCGGUGGUGUACUCUCAACGCCAAGAUCCAGUGUGGAUCGAAAAACCAGCGUGGCGAUAAAUUUUAUCGAUUUUAUUCUCUUAUUUAAAGGCACAGCAUAGCACUUUAGUGCUGCAAGCAACAAGAAUUAACAUCGAAAAGAUUCGGCGCUUGUUAAGCCAGUGUUAAUGCUUGGAACACUAAAGUGUUGUGUGUACGCACAGACAAUUUAUUUAUUUAUUUAAUUUAUUUUAAACUUAGUUCUAAUAAAAUUCAAAUC